GGCCUCUCCCACUGCGCAGGCGUCUUUCCGCCCGCCCCUGUCCCGCGCCGUGCCUCUCUCCCUCGGCGGCGUUCGCGGCGGAGCCACAGAACGCGGGGCGAGCCAGUGAGCCGGGGAGCGCGGUGCUGCCUGCAGCCUCGGGCCGGCCGGAGCCAGUGCGCGUGCGCAGCGGCCUCCGCGGCGACCAGGAGCGGCUAACGAGAGAGCGAACGAGGCGAGGCACGACGACAUGGGGGACCGGGAGCAGCUGCUGCAGCGGGCGCGGCUGGCCGAGCAGGCGGAGCGCUACGACGACAUGGCCUCCGCUAUGAAGGCGGUGACAGAGCUCAAUGAACCUCUCUCCAAUGAAGAUAGAAAUCUCCUCUCUGUGGCCUACAAGAAUGUGGUUGGUGCCAGGCGAUCUUCCUGGAGGGUUAUCAGCAGCAUUGAGCAGAAAACAAUGGCUGAUGGAAAUGAAAAGAAAUUGGAGAAGGUUAAAGCUUACCGGGAGAAGAUUGAGAAAGAGCUGGAGACAGUAUGCAAUGAUGUCCUGGCGCUGCUUGACAAGUUCCUCAUCAAGAACUGCAAUGAUGUCCAGUACGAGAGCAAGGUGUUUUACCUGAAAAUGAAAGGUGAUUACUACCGCUACUUAGCAGAGGUAGCUUCCGGGGAGAAGAAAAACAGUGUGGUCGAAGCUUCUGAGGCUGCCUAUAAGGAAGCCUUUGAAAUCAGCAAAGAGCACAUGCAACCGACACACCCCAUCCGGCUGGGCCUGGCCCUCAAUUUCUCCGUGUUUUACUACGAGAUCCAGAAUGCGCCUGAGCAGGCCUGCCUCCUAGCCAAACAAGCCUUCGAUGAUGCCAUAGCAGAGCUGGACACACUAAACGAGGAUUCCUAUAAGGACUCCACGCUCAUCAUGCAGUUGCUGCGAGACAACCUCACCCUCUGGACAAGUGACCAGCAGGAUGAAGAAGCAGGAGAAGGCAACUGAAGAUCUCUUGGGUCCCUGGCUCGCUCUUCACCCACCACCCCCGUCAUCACUGAUUCUUCCUUGCCACAGUCACUAAAUAUCUAGUGCUAAACCCAUCUGUAUCGGCAGCACAGCUGCUCAGAUCUGCUCUCCUGUCCCUUGGGGAGUAGUUUCAGAUAAAUCUUUAUGGCAUUGCUGGAUUGAUGGUUGCUUUGAGCCCUCAGUAGCUUCCUUUUUGGACUGUGCAGACAAGUGCAUUCUGAAUGAGGCAUUUUACUAUGCCUAUUGAUCUGUCAGGAAAUCCAGGUGAAAGUAAUGGGGAAGUUUAGAAAGGAGAAUUAGCCAAUACAGGCUAUAAUUGAUAUUUAAAUGAUCCAUUUAAAACAAGCUGAUAGUGUUUUGUUAAGCAGUACAUCUUGUGCAUGCAAAAAUGAACUCACCCCCUCCCCCGCCACCUCUUUCUUCAGCUAAUGGAAAACUGUUAAAGGAAGCUGACACAAAGAGACAACUUGCUCCUUCCCAUCAGCUUUAUAAUAAACUGUUUAAGUGACUUUCAGUAGCGCCUUGUUUUGCCUCUUUAAAUUAUGAUGUGCGCAUACCUUCUUUUCAAUGCAAUGCAUCUAAAGUUUUGAUACUUGUAACUUUUUUUUCCCUUUGGUUGUGAUUGUUUAAGAAUCAUGGAUUUAUUUUUUGUAACUCGCUAUUGUCUUUGUGUACCCUGACAGCACCACGUGUCAGCCCAUGUCAAUCAAGAUGGGUGAUUAUGAAAUGCCAGACUUCUAAAUUAAAUGUUUUGGAAUUCAGUGGGUAAAUAAAUGCUGCUUUGGGGAGAUUAUGUGUAUGGUGUUGAUUUUUCCCCCUCAGGGAGUUCUUUCACUGAUUACCAUUUUGAAUCCUGGUUUGAGUCUCUCAAACACUAAAGCAUUUUUAGUACAGUAUCUAAGUUUUCCUGCCCUCCAAUUCUGUUAUGUAUUUUGUAAUAUACAGAUAUGACUUAUUAGGAUAAGACUUAACUAAUUUUUAAUAGUUUUCAGUGAA